AUUUGUGCCGAGUGUGAGAGCUAGGGGGGCGGGGGCCCAGAACAGUCUGGUUGUGGGGCGAGUGGACGCGUGAACUGGUAGACCUGCGGACGGGACAGCCGUGGCUGCAGACCCUUCUAUCCCCGCUUAACCCCAGAUGCUCGGGAGGACGCAGUCCCUCCCUCUGGGGGAUGCUGUGGGAUUCCCAGCGCCGGGAACCCGGGCCGUCCGCUAAGCCCUUGUGCCUAUCCUGUGCCCCUGGGGAACCGGAGUCCGGCUGCAGGGAAAGAGAAGCGGCUGCCGAGACCCUGCAGGGUGCCAGGUGGGGAGGGGGCUGGAGGCCCCAGGCCCGAGGGUAUGGAGCGGUUAGGGGAGAAAGCCAGUCGCCUGCUAGAGAAGUUAAGACUCUCGGACUCCGGCAGCGCCAAGUUCGGCCGCAGAAAGGGUGAAGCUAGCCGGUCUGGGUCUGAUGGGACCCCCGGGCCGGGCAAGGGACGCCUGAGUGGKCUGGGGGGACCUAGGAAAUCAGGGCCCCGAGGAGCUACUGGGGGACCCGGAGAUGAGACAUUGGAGCCAGCCCGGGAGCAAGGCCCCCAGGACGCUGAGCGGAACCCGCGCRGCUCCUUUGAGGCGCAGCGCUACGAAGGUUCCUUUCCCGGGGGACCGCCGCCCACCCGGGCCUUGCCUCUACCUCAGUCGUUACCCCCAGAUUUCCGGCUGGAGACCACGGCUCCGGCCCUGAGUCCCCGCUCCAGUUUCGCCAGUAGCUCAGCCAGCGACGCGAGUAAGCCGUCCAGUCCCCGCGGCAGCCUGCUGCUGGACGGGGCGGGAGCUGGAGGAGCCGGAGGUAGCCGGCCCUGCAGUAAUCGUACCAGUGGCAUCAGCAUGGGUUACGACCAACGCCACGGGAGCCCUCUGCCCGCAGGGCCGUGCCUGUUUGGCCCACCCCUGAGCGGUGCUCUGGUCGGCUAUUCCGCCGGAGGGGUCCCGUCUGCCUACCCGGAGCUCCAUGCCGCCCUGGACCGACUGUGCGGGGCUGGCCCGCGGGGGUUCGGCUGCCAGGAAAGCCGCCACUCAUAUCCCCCGGCUCUGGGCAGCCCCGGAGCUUUAGCCGGGGCCGGAGUGGGAGCGGCGGGGCCUUUGGAGAGACGUGGGACUCAACCCGGACGACACUCGGUGACUGGCUACGGGGACUGCGCCGCGGGCGCCCGAUACCAGGACGAGCUAACUGCGUUGCUGCGCCUGACGGUAGGCACCGGUGGGCGAGAAGCCGGAGCCCGCGGGGAACCCUCGGGGAUUGAACCAUCGGGUCUCGAGGAGACGCAGGGUCCGUUCGUUCCGGAGGCUGCCCGGGCCCGGAUGCGAGAGCCAGAGGCCAGAGAGGACUACUUCGGCACCUGUAUCAAAUGCAACAAAGGCAUCUAUGGGCAGAGCAAUGCCUGCCAGGCCCUGGACAGUCUCUAUCACACCCAGUGCUUUGUCUGCUGCUCCUGUGGGAGAACUUUGCGCUGCAAGGCUUUCUACAGUGUCAACGGCUCUGUGUACUGUGAGGAAGAUUAUCUGUUUUCAGGGUUUCAGGAAGCAGCUGAGAAGUGCUGUGUCUGUGGUCACUUGAUUUUGGAGAAGAUCCUUCAGGCAAUGGGGAAGUCCUAUCACCCAGGCUGCUUCCGAUGCAUUGUUUGCAACAAGUGCCUAGAUGGCGUCCCCUUCACAGUGGACUUCUCCAACCAGGUGUACUGUGUCACUGACUACCACAAAAAUUAUGCCCCUAAGUGUGCAGCCUGCGGUCAACCCAUCCUCCCUUCAGAGGGCUGUGAGGACAUUGUGAGGGUGAUAUCCAUGGACCGUGAUUAUCACUUUGAGUGCUACCACUGUGAGGACUGCCGGAUGCAGCUGAGCGAUGAGGAAGGCUGCUGCUGUUUCCCUCUAGAUGGGCACUUGCUCUGCCACGGCUGUCACAUGCAGCGACUCAAUGCCCGACAGCCCCCUACCAACUAUGUCUGAGCUGCAGUCACCACUGUUGCCAUCGCCAUCAUUGACAAAUUUCUCUGGCCAGUGGGGCCCUUCCGAGGCUGAGGCAAGGAUACAUUGCAAUCCUGGCAGAAUAGUCCUCUGGGGAGGGCCUCAAGGGCCAGGGACCCAAAGAGCAUAACAUUCCAAAUGGAUGUGGAGUAAGAAUAUUCUGAUUGACAGGGUGGGGAUGACUGGUCUUCCCACAUGUGCAUCCUGAUCUAUUGCAUAUGCUCAGACGGGUUCCAUGCUUUCUGGACGUCUGAUUAUGAUGUGUAUCUCCAGUGUAUGUUCGUGCAUAARUCAAGCAAUGUUCUGGAUUAUGGGAGGAGAGGACAUCGUGGGAAUGCCUCAUUUUUUGUGACCCACACAUGGCAUCAGACUUGGGUCACAGUCUCCUAUCUCUAUAUCUGGAUGAAGAGAUGGAAAUCCUGGACUUUAUUAACAAGUUAUUUCUUAGCCUUUUUCUUUCUAAGAACCAGGAAAGCUCCUCAUCCCUCUGCUGGGAAUGGGGACCAACUCCUGGUGGCCCUGCUGCCAGUAUUGCCUGUUUCUCAGGGACUCAUGUGGGCCUGUACUUGGUUGCUCUUCUGCUUAGUUGGGGAGGUAAUGAGCAGGUCUCUCUGUGUGUAGCUUAUUGGGCGGGAUGUCUAGGAAGCUUCAGGCUGGUCCCUCUCCCUACACACUCCCAGGUUUAGGUGCACUGAGCCCUACAGCCCAGUAUAUGUGCACAUGGGUGCAUUCAUACAUGUGUGUGUGCUUGCCUGCAUACACUCACGGUUAUUCCCUUCUUCUCAGGUCAUUCUUAUACUUGGUUCUCUAGCAGUAGCUCCAGACCUGCCAUCUCUCAGAGGGAUCUCAAAUUAUGUACACUGCAACCCCAAAACUCAGGUUGGGGGGAGCAGGAGGGAGCAAAACACGUUGAUUCUAGUGAGUUUGGCUGAAACUUGAAUUCACCUAAAGCUAGAACUCUUAAAAUUUAUGCUUAAAGUUCAGUUCAUUUAAUGACCAAUUUGCCAAAAGCUCAGUUCCCUUUUGGGUGUUUGUAUAUUCUUUUAGAUGUUCUAUUCUUUUUUGUCAUGCUUUGGGUAUUUCAAGGACUUACAUCUGUUCAUCCAAGAGUACUCCUGAGUUAACAGCAACAUAAAAUUAUCAAAUUUGCAGCACUUUGUAAAUGAGAUUUCUUGGAUGUCUUUUGCUAUA